GAAGGCGAAGCGUGGCCUGUCGGCCCAGCCACCCACCAGCCAGGACUGGAAGCUGCAGCCCUUGGUUUGAGGCGUGGCCGGCUUGGAGGCGGAGUUUGUGCCGGUUUGGAAUCGGUCACAGGAGGAGGAGGGAAGGGGGCGGGCGCUGCGCGCUGAGCUCCUGACUCAGAGACAGCGCUCGGCCCGGACGAUGGCGACCGCGAUGGCUGCGAGCGCCGCGGAGCGGGCAGUACUGGAGGAGGAGUUUCGCUGGUUGCUGCACGCUGAGGUGCACGCCGUGCUGAGACAGCUACAGGACAUCCUUAAGGAGGCCUCUCUUCGCUUCACUCUCCCCGGCCCCAGCACCGAGGGUCCUGCCAAGCAGGAGAACUUCAUCCUGGGCAGCUGUGGCACAGACCAGGUGAAAGGGGUGCUGACUCUGCAAGGGGAUGCCCUCAGCCAAGCGGAUGUGAACUUGAAGAUGCCUCGGAACAACCAGUUGUUGCACUUCGCCUUCCGGGAGGACAAGCAGUGGAAGCUACAGCAGAUUCAGGAUGCCAGGAACCACGUGAGCCAAGCUAUUUAUCUCCUGGCAAACCGGGAUGAGAGCUACCAGUUCAAGACAGGAGCGGAAGUCCUCAAGCUCAUGGAUGCCGUUAUGCUGCAACUGACGAGAGCCAGAAACCGGCUCACUACCCCAGCCACCCUCACCCUGCCAGAGAUUGCCGCCAGCGGCCUCACGCGGAUGUUUGCCCCCACCCUACCCUCUGACCUGCUGGUCAAUGUCUACAUCAACCUCAACAAGCUGUGCCUCACUGUGUACCAGCUGCACACUCUGCAGCCCACCUCCACCAAGAACUUCCGCCCCGCCGGAGGUGCAGUGCUCCACAGCCCAGGGGCAAUGUUUGAAUGGGGCUCCCAGCGCCUCGAAGUGAGCCACGUACACAAGGUAGAAUGUGUGAUCCCCUGGCUCAACGAUGCCCUAGUGUACUUCACCGUCUCACUGCAGCUCUGCCAGCAGCUCAAGGAUAAGAUCUCUGUGUUUUCCAGCUACUGGAGCUCCAGGCCCUUCUGAGCAAGCCCCUGCCUGAAUCCUCGUCCCAGGGGGGUAGCCCUGACUUGUAGUCCCUCCCCCCAACACAUACCCCUAAGGUACCUGUCACUGUCAGACACCCCCCAGUCUCCUCGCUACCCUGUGAAGCUGAUGGAAGUGAAUGUGAGCUACACCUGGAGAAAGGGGAGCUGGCUUGGUUUUUUGGUUGAGGGGGCAGUCAAGAAGGUGAGCUGAGGUGUGGCCAUGCUCCUAAACCUGCCUUCCUGAAUACUCUGGGAACCUUUGCACUAAGGGUGGGACCAAGCCCAGGCCUCUCCUCUCUCCCACCCAUUGGAGAGGGAGAGAUGGGAAGUUAGAACUCAGCUGUAAGGUGAAGGGGGGAAGUGGGCCCGGGCUGGGGGAAGAAGCCUCCCUGUAAAUAGGAUGCAGUACUGGGACCAUUUGUUCUUUGACCCCCCAACCCACCUCUAAGAAAUAAAAAUCAGAUCUAGACUGGA